AAUGUCCAGCUCAAUUUUUUCUGGUGUCGAACAAGGUCCAGCCAUUGAGGUAUUUGCCUUGAAUCGUGCUUUCCAAGAGGAUAAUCAUCCCAAAAAGGCCAACUUGGGUGUGGGAGCCUAUCGUACCAGUGAGGGUAAACCAUGGGUUUUGCCUGUUGUCCGUAAAACCGAAAUCAAAAUAGCCAGUGAUGAGGCAAUUAACCACGAAUAUUUGCCAGUAUUAGGCACUGAAGCAUUUACCAAAGCAGCUACUACAUUGUUGUUGGGUGAAGAUUCUCCAGCUCUUAAGGAAAACAGGGCCUUUGGUGUACAAACCCUGUCUGGUACAGGUGCUCUGCGCAUAGGUGCAGAAUUUUUACGCCGCCACAUGAAUCGCACUGUUUUCUAUUACUCUGACCCCACAUGGGAGAAUCAUCACAAAGUCUUUAUGGAUGCUGGCUUCCAACAGCCCAACACUUACCGUUAUUGGGAUCAAAACAAACGUGUUUUGGACAUUGAUGGUCUAUUGGCUGACUUGGAAAAGGCACCAGAAGGAGCGGUUAUUAUUUUGCAUGCAUGUGCCCACAAUCCAACCGGUUGUGAUCCUACCCAAGAACAAUGGGUACAAAUUGCCGAUUUGAUUGAACGUAAAAAGCUAUUCCCAUUCUUUGAUUCGGCCUAUCAAGGAUUUGCCAGUGGUGAUCCUGAUCAUGAUGCAUGGGCUGUUCGUUAUUUUGUUAAGCGCGGCUUUGAACUUUUCUGCGCCCAAUCAUUUGCCAAGAAUUUUGGUUUGUAUUGUGAACGUGUUGGUAAUUUGACAGUUGUCUCCAAUACCACCGACCACAAAUCUGCCGUACAAUCACAAUUUACUCUAUUGAUUCGUGGCAUGUAUUCAAAUCCACCAGCAUUUGGUAGUCGUAUUGUGUCGACGGUAUUGAAUAAUGCUGAUUUGAGACAAGAAUGGAUGGAAUGCAUUAAAACAAUGUCCAGUAGAAUUAUUAAAAUGCGACAAGCUCUGAGAUCUCGUCUGGAAGAAUUAAAGACUCCUGGUACAUGGAAUCAUAUUACUCAACAAAUUGGCAUGUUCUCCUACACCGGUUUAAAUGAAAAACAAGUACGCAUCUUGAUCGAUGAAUAUCACAUCUAUUUAUUGAAAACUGGACGUAUCAAUAUGUGUGGUUUGAACGAGAACAAUGUAAAUUAUGUGGCCGAAGCUAUUAAUGCUGCAGUUACUCGUGUCGGCAGUCAAUUGUAAAACUAGCAGCUGUAAUUGUUAUAUUAAUAUUUUCUAAUAAGUUAUU